AUGGCAAGCAAAGCCAAGUCCCGCUGGGCAGACGACGAAGAAGACGCCCUGCGCGAAGUGCAAUUGAAAAGGGAAAAAGAGGAAAAGAAGCGCCUCAAAGCCGAAAAGGCGCGCAAACUCGAAGCCGAAAGAAAAACUCGCGAAGCUGCCGCCGCCGCCCAACAAGAACAACCACCGCAACCACAACCACAAGAAAGCCCCAACGGCCCUCCCCCAAAACGAAGACGAGUCUCCCCCGAACAACAAGAAACACACAACGGAGUCCCCCGAGAAGAACCAACCACCACCAACCUCCUCCGCUUCACCCCCGGAACCAUCUCCCGCUCCCGCAGCGUGGAAAACUACGACAAGCUGAACGACAUCGAGGAAGGCGCGUACGGCUGGGUCUCCCGCGCCCGCUGCCUCUCCACCUCCAAAAUCGUCGCCCUCAAGCGCCUCAAGACCGAUCCGAAAGACCGCUCCGGCCUCCCCGUCACCGGCCUGCGAGAGAUUCAAAUACUACGAAACAGCUCCCACAGAAACAUCGUCCCCCUGCUGGAAGUAGUGGUUUCAGACUCGACCACCCCCUUGGAACCAUCCAUCUUUCUCGUCCUCGAGUUCCUCGAACACGACCUCAAGUCUAUCCUCGAGGACAUGCCCGAGCCGUUUCUGGCCUCAGAAGUCAAGACGCUGAUGUUGCAGCUCUGCUCCGGGGUGGCGUAUCUACACGACAACUGGAUCCUUCACCGGGAUCUCAAAACGUCGAAUUUGUUGUUGAAUAACAGGGGCCAGCUAAAGAUUGCGGAUUUUGGUAUGUCGAGAUAUGUGGGCGAUCCGCCGCCGAAACUGACGCAGUUGGUGGUUACGCUGUGGUAUCGUGCCCCGGAGCUGUUGCUCGGGGCAACGACAUAUGGCAGCGCGAUUGACAUUUGGAGCGUGGGGUGUAUCUUUGGGGAGCUUCUGGCCAGGGAGCCGCUUCUGCAGGGGAGGAACGAGGUGGAUGAGCUCACGCGGAUAUUUGAGCUGUGCGGGCUGCCCUCGGAGGAGUCGUGGCCUUCUUUUCGGAGGCUGCCGAACGCGAGGGGGUUGAGGUUGCCGAAUAACCCGACGCCGGGAUCGACGAACUCGAGGAUAAGGACAAAGUUUCCGCUUUUGACGUCGGCGGGGGUGGGGUUGUUUAAUGGGUUGCUUGCGCUGGAUCCGGAGAGGAGGCCGGCGGCGAGGGAGGUGCUGGAGCAUGAGUAUUUCCGGCAGGACCCCAAGCCGAAGCAGGAGGCCAUGUUUCCUACUUUUCCGAGCAAGGCGGGCCAGGAGAGGAGGAGGAAGAGGGAGACGCCCAAUGCGCCGGUUAGGGGACAAAAGGCGGCGGAUUUGGGGGCGGUGGACUUUAGUGGGAUUUUUGCUGGGAGGGAGAAAGAGGAGAGGGGGGGUGGGUUUGCUUUGAGGAUGGUUUGAGAAGGAGGUGGUUUACAUGGACGAGAAUAAUGAUGUGAUGUAAUAGCACCUAAUGAACAUAGACUGCGACACAUGGAUACCAAAAAGCCGUGGAAAGGGGGCGGCUGUAUAUAUAAUGCAAUAUCAACAAGACCAACAAGACAGAAAAGUCAAGCUAUACCCUUCGUCAUUAAAGCUACCUGAAAUAUAUGUAUGUAUGCAUGAAAGUCGUCAUCUUUCCGGAAAAAGCUCGCCAUGAAUGUGUGUGAGAUGUCCAAAAAAACAGAUACAGGUGAAAACGAGAAAUCCAUCCCCUUAGUCAACAACUCAACCGCUCUGCCGCUUCUGCUUUCGACUUUUUCGAAACCAAAUCAAGCGUACCGAAAAAUAUGUUUCUAGCCAACGCCCCCAGCCC